AUGAUGGGACAUGAAAAUCACACUUUCACCAGUGAUUUUAUUCUUUUGGGACUCUUCUCUUCUUCUCAAUCAAGUCUAGUUUUCUUUUCCUUUAUAUUCAUCAUUUUUAUUAUGACUGUAACAGAAAAUACAGUCAUAAUCCUCCUUAUCCUCAGGGACUCAAGACUCCACACUCCGAUGUAUUUCCUGCUGAGCCAUCUCUCUUUUAUGGACAUCUUGCAUAUUUCCAACAUUGUUCCCAAAAUGGUCACUGACUUUCUGUCAGGCAGCAGAACUAUUUCAUUUGUAGGUUGUGGCUUCCAGGUAUUUCUAUCCCUCACUCUCUUGGGUGGCGAGUGCCUUCUCCUGGCAGCAAUGUCUUAUGAUCGCUAUGUAGCCAUCUGUCAUCCAUUGCACUAUCCCAUUCUUAUGAAUGACUAUGUCUGCAUUGUCAUGGCUAGAGGGUCCUGGCUUAUUGGGACUGUCAACUCCAUAGUCCACACAGCUUAUGCACUCCACUUUCACUUCUGUGCCUCAAGUAUUGAUCACUUUUUCUGUGAAGUCCCUGCCAUGUUGAAGUUGUCCUGUGUGGACACAACACUCUAUGAACGAGGAAUUUAUGUAAGUGGCUUAAUUUUUCUGCUUGUCCCUUUCUCCCUAAUCGUUGCUUCUUAUGUCCAAAUUCUCAUUACUGUGUUUCAAAUGAAAUCAUCAGAAGCACGGAAAAAGUCAUUUUCUACCUGUUCCUUCCACAUGAUGGUGGUCACAAUGUAUUAUGGGCCAUUUAUUUUCACAUACAUGAGACCCAAAUCAUACCACACUCCAGGCCAGGACAAGUCUUUGGCAAUAUUCUAUACCAUCCUCACACCUACAUUCAACCAUAAUUACAGCUUUAGGAAUAAAGAUGUCCUUGAGGCAAUGAAAAAUAUGCUCAAAAGUAACUUUCUCCAUUAA